AUGUCCCGCUACGCAGAAGCUCAUUUAAACCCUGCUGGCCCUGGUGAUGCUCGUCCAACAGCUCUCCAGAUCAUCAAGGAUGAAGCAGUGGAGGGCAAGCUAGUCGGGAAGGUGAUCGUCAUCACAGGCACUUCGUCUGGAAUAGGGAUUGAGACAGCUCGCGCUCUCUCUUUAACUGGAGCAAGGCUAUUCCUGACAGCACGAGAUCUGGAUAAAGCCAAGUCUGCUCUGGACGGAAUCCUCGAACGAGAUCGCGUUGAACUUGUCGAGAUGGACAAUACUUCCUUGAGCAGCGUGCGUGCUGCCGCGAAAGCCAUUCUCCAGAAGUCGAACGGUCAAGUCAACAUCUUAGUUAAUAACGCCGGCAUCAUGGCCCUGCCCAAGUUGGAGUACACCAAAGACGGCUUUGAAAUGCAGUUUGGAGUCAACCACCUCGCCCAUUUCCUACUCUUUGAGCUCUUGAAGCCAGCUCUCCUUGCCAGCGCUAGCCCUGAAUUCUCAUCUCGAGUCGUCAACGUCUCUUCUUCUGCCCAUCAUGUAGCCUCGAUCAAUGAAUCAGGCAACUACAAUUUUGAGAAGACUGAAUACAACGACUGGGUUUCAUACGGACAAUCAAAGACCGCCAAUAUCUAUAUGGCCAACGAGAUCGAGCGGCGCUACAGUUCGCGAGGACUCCAUGCUACCAGCGUCCAUCCUGGAAUGAUUUCAACGGCACUUAUGCAGCAUAUGGACCCUGCAAUGGUGGAAGCAUUAAAAAAAGAUGAAAAGCUGUAUAACAUGAUGAAGUCGCCAGAGCAGGGAGCUGCAACGACGGUGUGGGCUGCAAUUGGCAGAGGUACGGCGAUUGCAGACUCUCCCACGCCAAAUGGGGUAAUCUAA